AUGAGUGGAAAAGUCGAUCCAUUAUUUGGACAAGCUAAGGUAUUCUCCAUAGAUGAUGAAAAUGUUAACCCUGAUGUAAUAAAUUAUUUAAGAAAUGUUCGAAAUGAGGCUCUUACUACUAGUGCAAUUUCUAUGAGUAAUAUAAGAAGUUAUGUCAAUAAAUCAAAUACAAUACGACAUGAUGCAUCUCUAUAUGAUGACAAGAAUGAUAUAUCUAUGAACGACAAUUCAAAGAAUAAUAGUAAUAGUAAUACCAAAACCACUAAUUAUGCAAUAAAAAAUUUAAUAGAUGAAAGUUCAGCUAAGAAGGAAGGAGUAUUGAUUAUGAACAAAAGAAGGAAAAUAAUGAAUAAAGAUACAUCAAUGAAAUCCUCGAUGCCUAAAAAUUUAAUUAAUUUUAAUCAAAGAAUGAAGGCUGUUAUGGACUGGUUUCGAGAUUUACAAGAUGAUAUUUUUACUUUACCAUGCAAUUCAGGAUAUUCUUAUGAUCAUAAUACACUAGAGUUAUUAAUAUUUAAUAUUCAAAAAGUAGUAAAUGAUAAAGAGACAACGAAACAAAAUAAUGGUGUGUCAUUACAUUUAUCAAACUUAUUAGAAAAUUGGGCUCCAUCAGAAGCAAUGAAACAAAUAAAAAACAACAAUUAUACGGUUGAUACAGAAUGGAUACAAGAAUUGUUAGUCAAAUUACAAUGUGUUAGAAUACCAAAUAUUGAUUUUUUAAAAUGUGUGAUCACAGGAAAUUAUUUUGAUUUUGAACCACAUGGAUACCGUGCAUGGAAUCAAUUUCUAUUAAAUAAUGAACCAUGUAAGGAUAUGUUUAACACUAUGAUAAAUGGCAAUAAUAUAUGGUUAUUGGUUAAGUAUAUGGCCCAAUCAUGGAUAACAGAGAUAAGUGGAAAACAAAACCAUAACAUAAAAUUAUGGCUAAUUUAUAUUUUAAUUUAUUUACCAUCUUCAGCAGUAGCAAAUAAUACAAGUACACUUCGUGAUUUAGGUAAAAAAUGUAGAGAAAUCAUACAGGCAUAUUAUUACCAGCCAUUUCCUCUAGAUAAUAUAGAUGAACAAAUCAACAAGCAUAAAGCAAGUAAUCCUCUAGUACCCUUACAAAAAAGUAUACAACUAGAGUUUAAACAAUUUACUUCUAAAGAAAUUCCUAAUGAUACUACCCUCUUAGAAUUGACUAUAUAUAUCAUUGCCACAAAAUAUGGACAAAUGGAUUUAAUCCAAUGGGAUUCAUAA